CACCUCCUCCAUCCCUAUCUGACAAACUCUUGUCAGUUAUAGAGACUGCAGUAAUGUAUAUGGCUGAUACCAAAUUAGGGAAUGGAGACUCAUCAGAAACUGACAAGCUCCUUCUAAAAGAUUCUAACAAAGACCAGGCUCAGCAAAGAAGUGAAAUUACAAUUAUAAAACAAGGAAAAAAGAACAACAAAAAUUGCAUUGUUAUAAUAAUUGUUCUAAUAGUGGUAUUUAUAAUAUUAUCUGCUAUUGCUAUUAGCUUGCUUGUAAGCAGCUAUAGCAAUAGAUCAGGAUUGGAUACUUUUAGCUCAAAUUUGGAACUAGGUGAUUCUAACUCAGGCUUGCAAUCAGCAACAUCUCUUAUCACUAUUGAUAAUGGAGCCUACCUCUUUACUAUAUCUUUACUCAACCCUAAGCAGGAACUGAUGGCAUAUGUGUACUCUAGUAGUACACGACCUCUCCUUUCCUCUAAAUUCCAGCUACAAGAAAUCAGGAUACCAUUUUUGGAAGGUGAUGGACGAUUCAACUAUAAUUAUUAUCCCGGGGAUGAGGGAAUAUAUCUAAAUCCAGGUUCAAGUAUAAAUUAUACACUUGAUGUUAUUUACAAUGGUGACUCAAAUGACUCUUCAUUGUGCCCGUAUCGACUUUUUCUAUUUAAUGACAUUUAUAACUACAACACAUUUCGUAACAGAGAAACCUUUAAAUCUGUAGACGUUACUCCUUGUACACCAUUAAAAGGUGAAUUAAAGAAUUUACAAUUCAUUAUAAAAGACUCAUCGACCUAUUAUGUUGGUAUUGAAAUUGAUACAGAUUACUUGAUAACAUCCAAUGUAACGGUUACUGGCUAUAAUUACGAUACAAGUCAAAUGAGUCGACCUUCAAAUUGUGAUAAGCCGCUAUCAUUCAUAAGUCCAUCCUGUAAUUUCUCACUAUGUAGCUCAUUCUAUUGUGAUCGCACUAGUGAUACAUAUCUUGCAGUUGAGGUAACAGCUCAAGCUGAUCUUAUGUAUUCGUAUCAAGUCAGUGACAUAACAGGUAAAUCUGGCCUUGCUGAAUUCACCAUAGGCUGCUUCCUGUUUGUUGCAAUUGGAGUUAUAAUAAUAGUGAUUGGAGCAGUAGCUAUAUACUUUCUGCAUCAAAAGAGAGCAAGAAUGAAAUCUAUGGCAUAAAAAGUUUGGAAGAAAUUUUAGCAAAAUCUAAUAGUUAUUUUUAAAAUUUAGUGAUUAGACAUUUUUAAUUUUAGAAAUUAUGAUUUGUAGAAGAAUACAACAAGGUAGAUAUUAUAUGCCCUCUUGAAAAAA